AUGGGAAAAACUACCACGGAAGCGGUGAUAAUUCCGCUCUCCAUGAACGGCGGAAUGGCAUGCAAGGAUUCGGCAAAUGAAUCGACUCCCAUCUCCCCAUACUUCCCCAAUCCCUCAUAUGGAACGCCGGAAUUGGAUCUUUAUAUCACCUUGUCCAUCCAUCCAUUUUCUUUGUCCCUUGAACUGUACAUAUCACAACCUCCUUUUCCUAUACAGUUGUUUAUUCCUUGUUUCUAUUCCCUUCAGCCAGUCCAGCAUCACAACAUGAUCGACAACGCCCUUUCAAUCAUCGUGGGCACGGCCCAGAAUUCCCCACUCUCAUUCCUGGCUUACUUCGCGGCGGCCUCCGCACUGCUAUACCUGGUCUUCACUGAAUUCCAACGAUCCCGAGUCCGAAUACCAGGCUUCAAUGGUCCCUCAGGACUCCCCAUGAUCGGGAACAUCCACCAAAUCCGCGUCAACGCGGCAGAGCAAUACCGGCAAUGGGCCAAGAAAUUCGGGCCCGUCUACCAGAUCAUGCUGGGCAACGUGCCCGUCAUCGUGGUCAACUCGGCCAAGUCGGCGCGCGAGAUCUUCGGCGCCAACUCCCAAGCGCUGGCCUCGCGACCCGAAUUCUACACAUUCCACAAAGUCGUCAGCUCGACUGCCGGCACUACGAUCGGCACCUCGCCGUUCACCGACAGCCUGAAGCGCCGGAGGAAAGGCGCCGCCAGCGCGCUCAACAAGCCCAGCGUCGCGACGUACAUCCCGCACAUCGACGUCGAGACGCGCGACUUUCUGAACGAGUUCCUCACGUACGGCGACGGCGGCCGCAAGUCCGUCGAUCCGAUGCCCAUGAUCCAGCGUCUCAGCCUGUCCCUGGCGCUCACCCUGAACUGGGGCACGCGCAUGGCGAGUCAGAACGAUGAAUUGUUCGGCGAGAUCACCCACGUCGAGGAGGAAGUGUCCAAGUUCCGCUCCACCACGGGCAAUCUGCAGGACUACAUCCCGCUCCUGCGGCUGAACCCGUUCAGCACGGGAAAAGCCAAGGCGAAGGACAUGCGCCGACGAAGGGAUGUAUAUCUCAAAAAGCUGAACGACGAUCUCGACGACCGGAUGGCCAAGGGCACGCACCAGCCGUGUAUCCAGGCCAAUGUGAUCCUGGACAAGGAGGCGAAACUGAACCACGAAGAAUUGGUAUCCAUCAGUCUGACCAUGUUAUCCGGCGGUCUCGACACGCUGACCACGCUCGUCGCCUGGAGCAUGGCCUUGCUCGCGCAGCGGCCGGAGAUCCAACAGAAGGCGCUGGGGGAGAUCCGCGCCGUCUAUCCGGACGACCAAAUCCUGUGCGACGCCAACGACGACCAGAGUAUACCGUACAUCGUGGCCCUCGUGCGCGAGUUGUUGCGGUAUUACACCGUACUCAGACUCGCUCUGCCGCGCGCGACAGUCAAGGACAUCGUGUACAACGGGCAUACGAUACCGGCCGGUAGCGUGGUGUUCUUGAACGCGUGGGCGUGUAACAUGGACGACGAAGUGUGGCAUGACCCGGAGGUGUUCAGGCCGGAGCGCUGGCUGGAGCAGCCCGACGCGCCCAUGUUCACCUACGGACUGGGCUAUAGGAUGUGUGCGGGGAGUCUGCUGGCGAACCGGGAAAUGUAUACGAUUUAUCUGCGGUUACUGAGUGCGUUUGAGAUCACAGACGUCAAGGCUCUGGAUGGCGGCGAGAUGAACACCCAUCCCGUCAAGGGCGUCAUUGAUCCCACGCAGCUUGUCAGUGUGCCCAAGCGGUAUACCGUGAGAUUGGUGCCGAGGGAUGAAGCUGGAUUGAGGAAGGCUUUGGAUGAGUAUGAGGAAGACCAUUGA